GCCUGGGUCCGCGAAGGGGGAGGAAGGGGUGGUGUUCCUGGUUUCCUGGGUUACCUGAGGGGGCGGGGGUGGGGAGAGCACGGCGGCGGCAGCGGCCGCAACACGGGAUUCUCCUGGUGAGAGAGCGCGCGGCGGCCACAGAGAAGGUGAAGCUUUAUUCUACUUUAUGAACCCAAAUUAUAAAGACUAAAUGUUACAAAAGUGUUGAAAGACUGCUCGGUCAUGAGCACCAACAGUAACUCACUGGCACGUGAAUUUCUGACUGAUGUCAACCGGCUUUGCAAUGCAGUGGUCCGGAGGGUGGAGGCCAGGGAAGAGGAGGAGGAGGAGACACACAUGGCAACCCUUGGACAGUACCUUGUCCAUGGGCGAGGAUUUCUGUUACUUACCAAGCUGAAUUCUAUCAUUGACCAGGCGUUGACAUGCAGAGAAGAACUCUUGACUCUUCUUCUGUCGCUCCUUCCCCUGGUAUGGAAGAUACCGGUUCAGGAACAGCAGGCAACGGAUUUUAAUCUGCCAUUGUCAUCCAAUAUAAUCCUGACCAAAGAAAAGAACUCAAGUUCACAAAGACCUGCUCAGGAAAAAUUAUAUUUGGGAGGAAGUGCCCCAUCUAAUCAGGUUUCUACAAAAAUAAACAUCUUUCGAAAAGGCAGACGACAGCGUAAAAGCACCCAUCGUUAUUCCGUAAGAGAUGCAAGAAAGACACAGCUCUCCACGUCAGAUUCGGAAGGCAAUUCAGAUGAGAAAAGUACAACCGUGAAUAAGCCCAGAAGGCCCCAUGUACUUCAGCAUUUUGUAACACAGUCUUCUAAAGAAGCCCCCCUCACAGCUAAACUCGACCCCUCUGCAACAAAAGAGCCGGCUUCUCCUGACAUGAUGGCUUUGGAAAACUCCAGAGAGAUUAUCCCAAGACAGGAGUCAAAUGCUGACAUUUUAAGUGAACCAGCUGCCUUGUCUAUUCUCAGUAGCAUGAAUAACUCUCCAUUUGACUUAUGUCAUGUUCUGUUAUCUUUAUUGGAAAAAGUUUGUAAGUUUGACAUUAUGUUGAAUCAUAAUUCUGCCCUGGCAGCCAGUGUAGUACCCACACUGACUGAAUUCCUAGCAAGCUUUGGGGACUGCUGCAACCUAAGCGACAGCUUGGAGAGUCGAGUGGUUUCUGCAGGUUGGACUGAAGAACCAAUGGCUUUGGUUCAGCGGAUGCUCUUUCGAACAGUGUUGCAUCUUAUGUCAGUAGAUAUCAGUACCACAGAGGUGAUGCCAGAGAGUCUUAGAAAGAAUUUAACUGAAUUGCUUAGGGCAGCUUUAAAAAUCAGAUCUUGCUUAGAAAAGCAGCCUGACCCCUUUGCACCAAGACAAAAGAAAACACUACAGGAAGUCCAGGAAGGCUUUGUGUUUUCACAGCAUCGGCACAGGGCCCUUCUUUUACCUGAGCUUUUGGAAGGGGUUCUACAAAUCCUGAUCUGUUGUCUUCAAAGUGCAGCUUCAAAUCCCUUCUACUGCAGUCAAGCCAUGGAUUUGGUUCAAGAAUUCGUUCAGCACCAAGGAUUUAAUCUAUUUGAAGCAGCAGUUCUUCAGAUGGAAUGGCUGGUUUCAAGAGAUGGAGUUCCUCCUGAGGCCUCAGAACAUUUGAAAGCCCUAAUAAAUAGUGUGAUGAAAAUCAUGAGUACUGUCAAAAAAGUGAAAUCAGAGCAACUUCAUCACUCAGUGUGUACAAGAAAAAGGCAUAGACGCUGUGAAUAUUCUCACUUUAUGCAUCAUCACAGAGAUCUCUCAGGUCUUCUGGUUUCAGCUUUUAAAAACCAAGUUUCCAAAAACCCGUUUGAAGAGACUGCAGAUGGAGAUGUUCAUUACCCUGAGCGGUGCUGCUGCAUUGCAGUAUGUGCACAUCAGUGCUUGCGCCUGCUACAGCAAGCUUCCUUGAGCAGCACCUGUGUCCAGAUUCUGGCAGGUGUGCACAGUGUUGGCAUAUGCUGCUGUAUGGACCCCAAAUCUGUAAUCAUCCCUUUGCUUCAUGCUUUUAAAUUGCCAACACUGAAAAAUUUUCAGCAGCAUAUAUUGAAUAUCCUUAACAAACUUAUUUUGGAUCAAUUAGGAGGAGCCGAGAUAUCUCAGAAAAUUAAAAAAGCAGCUUGCAACAUUUGCACUGUUGACUCUGACCAGCUGGCUAAGCUAGAAGGGACCCUACAGGGCAACUCAUGUGGUGCUGAACCUCACUCAAGUUUAUCCAGUCCUUCUUACAGAUGUCAAGGGAUCCUACCAAGCAGUGGGGCUGAAGACCUUUUGUGGAAAUGGGAUGCAUUAGAGGCUUAUCAGGACUUUGUUUUUGAAGAAGACAGAUUAUAUAACAUACAGAUUGCAAAUCACAUUUGCAAUUUAAUCCAGAAAGGCAAUGUAGUUGUUCAGUGGAAAUUGUAUAAUUAUAUAUUUAAUCCUGUGCUCCAAAGAGGAGUUGAAUUAGCACAUCAUUGUCAACACCUGAGCAUUACUUCAGCACGAACUCAUAUGUGUAGCCAUCCGAAACAGUGUUUGCCUCAGGAAGUGCUGCAAAUCUAUUUAAAAACUCUGCCUAUCCUACUUAAAUCCAGGGUAAUAAGAGAUUUGUUUUUAAGUUGUAAUGGAGUAAAUCAAAUAAUUGAAUUAAAUUACUUAGAUGGUAUUCGAAGUCAUUCCCUAAAAGCAUUUGAAACACUGAUCAUCAGUCUAGGAGAACCACAGAAAGAUGCUUCAAUUCCAGGGGUUGAUGGACUAGAUGUUGAACAGAAAGAACCAUCAUCUUCAAAUGUAGGUCUUCCUUUUAAUAACCAGCAAGCUUAUUCAAGUUCUCCUCAGAGCCUCAGCAAAUUUUAUGCCAGUCUCAAAGAAGCUUAUUCAAAGAAACGGAAGACUGGUCACCAGGAUGUGCAUAUCAACACCAUAAACCUCUUCCUCUGUGUGGCAUUUUUUUGUGUAAGUAAAGAAGCAGAGUCUGAUAGGGAGUCGGCCAAUGAGUCAGAAGACACUUCUGGCUAUGACAGUACAGCCAGCGAGCCACUGAGUCAUGUGCUGCCAUGUUUGUCUCUUGAAAGCCUUGUCCUCCCAUCUCCAGAAUGUAUGCACCAGGCAGCAGAUGUGUGGUCUAUGUGUCAUUGGAUCUACAUGUUAAGCUCAGUCUUCCAGAAACAGUUCCAUAGUCUUGGUGGUUUCCGAGUGUGCCAUAAAUUAAUACUUAUGAUAAUACAGAAACUAUUGAGAAAUCAUGAAGAUGAGCAAGGAAGAAAGCAGGAAGAUAUGAAUGCAAAUGAAAACCAAGACUUAACCAGAACUUGUCACCCUGAGACAGCUAUGAAGGAAGAGUUAUCAUCUUUGACUCUAAAAAGUGACUCCACACUAUCAGAAUCGGGAAGUCUAAAGAAGACUGCCGACAGUUUAAGUAAACUAGAGUCACUGCCUAUUUCUUCCAUAAAUGUGGAGCAAAUUUUAACCUCUGGAGCUGUUCCUGAGGAAGCAAAGCAAUUUACAAAUCGAGAAAGUGAGACCUCGCUUCAUGGCAUACGACUUUUGGAAGCUCUUCUGGCCAUUUGUCUUCAUAGUGCCAGAACCAGUCAACAGAAGAUGGAAUUGGAGUUACCCAAUCAGAACUUAUCUGUGGAAAAUAUAUUAUGUGAAAUGAGGGACCAUCUUUCACAGUCAAAAGUGACUGAAACAGAAUUAGCAAAGCCUUUGUUUGAUGCCCUGCUUCGAGUUGCCCUGGGGCAACAUUCAACAGAUUUUGAACAUAAUGAUGCUAUGACUGAGAAGAGUCAUCAAUCUGAGGAAGAAUUAUCAUCCCAGCCUGGAGAUUUUUCAGAAGAAGCAGAGGAUUCUCAAUGUUGUAGUUUUAAACUUUUGGUUGAAGAAGGAGGUUAUGAAGCAGAUAGUGAAAGCAAUCCUGAGGAUGGUGAAACCCGGGAAGAUGGGCUGGAUUUAAAGCUUGAAACAGAAGGCUUCAGUACAACAGUCAGUCCAAAUGACUUACUUGAAAACCUUACUCAAGGAGAAAUAAUAUAUCCUGAGAUUUGUAUGCUGGAAUUAAAUUUGCUUUCUAAUAGUAAAGCUAAACUUGAUGUGCUUGCUCAUGUAUUUGAGAGUUUUUUGAAAAUUGUCAGGCAGAAAGAAAAGAAUGUUUUUCUGCUCUUGGAACAGGGAAUUGUGAAAAAUCUUUUAGGAGGGUUCUUGAGUAUUUUAAUACAAGCUGAUUCUGAUUUUCAAGUGUGCCAGAAAGUGUUGGUGGAUCUCUUGGUAUUUUUGAUGAGUUCAAGAACAUGUUCAGAAGAGUUAACCCUUCUUUUGAGGAUAUUUCUGGAGAAAUCUCCUUGUACAGAAAUUCUUCUUCUGGGUAUUUUGAAAAUUAUUGAAAGUGAUGUUACUAUGAGCCCUUCACAGUAUUUAACUUUUCCUUUGCUGCAUACUCCAAGUUUAAGCAACAAUGUCUCAUCACAAAAAUGUCCUGGGAUUCUAAAUAGUAAGGCCUUGGGCUUAUUGAGAAGAGCACGAAUUUCACGGGCCAGGAAAGGGGCUGAUAGAGAGAAUUUUCCCCACCGGCUUCUUUCCUCUUGGCACAUAGCCCCAGUCCACUUGCCAUUGCUGGGGCAGAACUGCUGGCCACACCUGUCAGAAGGUUUCAGUGUCUCACUGUGGUUUAAUGUGGAGUACAUCCACGAAUCUGAAGGUGGUACAGAAAAAAGAAAGAAGAUAAAGCAAAGAAACAAAUCAUUAAUUUUACAAGGCAGCAGUUUUGAUGGAUCAGGGAGUGACAGACCAGAGGGUACAGAGUACAUAAAUCCUGGUGAAAGGCUCAUAGAAGAAGGCUGUCUUCAUUUAAUUUCACUGGGAUCCAAAGCAUUGAUGAUUCAAGUGUGGGCUGAUCCACAUAAUGGCACUUUUAUCUUUCGUAUGUGUACGGAUUCAAAUGAUGACAUGAAAGCUGUUUUACUAGCACAGGUUGAAUCACAGGAGAAUAUUUUCCUCCCAACCAAAUGGCAACAUUUAGUACUCACCUACUUACAACAACCCCAAGGAAAAAAGAAUGUCCAUGGCAAAAUCUCCAUAUGGGUCUCUGGACAGAGGAGGCCUGAUGUCACUUUGGAUUUUACACUUCCAAGAAAAACAAGUUUAUCAUCUGAUAGCAAUAAAACAUUUUGCAUGAUCGGCCAUUGUUUAUCAUCCCAAGAAGAAUUUUUCCAAUUGGCUGGAAAAUGGGACCUGGGAAAUUUGCUCCUCUUUAAUGGAGCUAAGAUUGGUUCACAAGAGGCCUUUUAUCUGUAUGCUUGUGGACCCAAUUAUACAUCUAUAAUGCCAUGUAAAUAUGGUAAGCCUGUGAAUGACUACUCCAAAUAUAUAAAUAAGGACAUUUUGCGAUGUGAACAGAUCAGAGAACUUUUUAUGACCAAGAAAGAUGUGGACAUUGGCCUCUUAAUUGAAAGUCUUUCAAUUGUUUAUACAACGUACCUUCCUACACAGUAUACCAUCUAUGAGCCAGUGAUUAGACUCAAGAGUCACGUGAAAACACAGCUCUCUCAAAGACCCUUCAGCUCAAAAGAAGUUCAGAGCAUCUUACUAGAACCUCCCCAUCUAAAGAGCCUCCAGCCUACAGAAUGUAAUACUAUUCAAGGAAUUCUGCAUGAGAUUGGUGGAACUGGUACAUUUGUCUUUCUCUUUGCCAGGGUUGUUGAACUCAGUGGCUGUGAAGAAACUCAGGCACUAGCACUACGAGUUAUACUCUCUUUAAUUAAAUACAACCAACAGAGAAUGCAUGAAUUAGACACUUGCAAUGGACUUUCCAUGAUUCAUCAGGUGUUGAUCAAACAAAAAUGCAUUGUUGGCUUUCACAUUUUGAAGACCCUUCUUGAGGGUUGCUGUAGAGAAGAGAUUAUUUAUAUCAAUGAGAAUGGAGAGUUUAAGUUGGAUGUAGAGUCUAAUGCUAUAAUCCAAGAUGUUAAACUGUUAGAAGAGCUGCUGCUUGACUGGAAGAUAUGGAAUAAAGCACAGCAAGGUGUGUGGGAAACUCUGCUAGCAGCUCUGGAAGUCCUCAUUCGAGUGGAGCACCAUCAGCAGUGGUUUAAUAUUAAGCAGUUACUGAACGCUCAAGCAGUUCAUCAUUUCCUACUGACUUGUCAGGUUUUGCAGGAACAUAAAGAGGGGCAGCUUACAUCCAUGCCCCGAGAGGUUUGUAGAUCAUUUGUGAAAAUUAUUGCAGAAGUCCUUGGAUCUCCUCCAGAUUUGGAAUUAUUGACAGUUAUCUUCAAUUUCCUUUUAGCAGUUCACCCUCCUACUAAUACUUACGUUUGUCACAACCCCACAAACUUCUACUUUUCUUUGCACAUAGAUGGUAAGAUCUUUCAGGAGAAAAUGCAAUCAAUCAUGUACCUGCGGCAUUCCAGCAGCAGAGGACAAUCCCUCAACAGUCCUGGUUUCAUGGUUAUAAGUCCAUCUGGUUUUACUGCUUCACCUCCUGAAGGAAGCAGUUUCUCCAAUAUUAUUCCACCAGGGAUGGCUGCCCACAUGCUACGUUCUAGAAGCCUACCAGCAUUUCCUACUUCACCACUAAUGCAGCCACGAAAAUUGACUGGAAGUUUGGGUUGCAGUACUGACAAGUUACAAAACAUUGUAGAUACUUAUGUUCCUACCCAAGCAGAGAAACAGAAUCGUUUGGGGAGCUCUGACAUGCUGCAAGCAAGCAAAGAGGAUGCAUUCAUCAGUAGCUGUGAGUCUGCAAAAGCUAUUUGUGAACCAGAAGCUAUUUCUACAGCCCAAAUCUCUGCCAAUGGUGUUCCAAAAGGAGCACUGGGAUUUCCCAUGGGGAGAGUAGAUCAUAAAGACUUGGAAGCAGAACCCAGAUCAGAUGAUGACAGUCCUGGGGACGAAUCCUGUCUGCGCCGACCUGAUAACCUAAAGGGACUGGCCUCGUUCCAGCAAAGCCACAGCACGAUUGCGAGUUUGGGGCUAGCUUUCCCUUCACAGAAUGGAGCUGCAGCCUUGGGCCACUGGCCCAGUCUUGUUGAUAGGAGCACUGAUGAUUGGGAAAACUUAGCCUUUCCUCUUGGUUACAAGCCCAACUAUAACAGAGCUACAAGUGCUCACAGUGUCACUGAAGACUGCUUGGUACCUAUAUGCUGUGGAUUAUAUGAACUCUUAAGUGGUAUUCUCCUCAUCCUGCCUGAUAUUAUGCUGGAAGAUGUAAUGGAGAAGCUUAUUCAAGCAGAUACACUCUUAGUCCUCGUCAAUCAUCCAUCACCACCCAUACAACAAGAAGUUAUUAAACUAUUACAUGCAUAUUUUAAUAGAGCAUCUAAGGAGCAAAAAGAUAAAUUUCUGAAGAAUCGUGGCUUUUCCUUGCUAGCCAACCAGUUGUAUCUUCAUCGGGGAACUCGGGAAUUGUUAGACUGCUUCAUUGAAAUGUUCUUUGGUCGACGUAUUGGCCUUGAUGAAGAAUUUGAUCUGGAAGAUGUGAAAACCAUGGGACUUUUUCAGAAGUGGUCUGCCAUUCCUAUCCUGGGACUAAUAGAAACCUCCCUAUAUGACAACAUACUCUUGCAUAAUGCUCUAUUACUUCUGAUCCAGAUUUUAAAUUCUUGUUCUAAGGUAGCAGACAUGUUGUUGGAUAAUGGUCUACUAUAUGUGUUAUGUAAUACAGUAGCAGCCCUGAAUGGAUUAGAAAAGAACAUUCCUUUGAAUGAAUACAAAUUACUUGCAUGUGAUAUACAGCAACUUUUCAUAGCAGUUACAAUUCAUGCUUGCAGUUCCUCGGGCUCACAAUAUUUUAGAGUUAUUGAAGAUCUAAUUGUACUCCUUGGAUAUCUUCAAAAUAGCAAAAACAAGAAAACACAAAGUAUGGCUCUUGCCCUGCAGCUUAGAGUUCUCCAUGCUGCUCUAGAAUUUAUAAGGAGCACAGCAAAUCAUGACUCUGAAAACCUUGAAGAUACAAUACAGUCACCUUCUGCUCCCCACCAUGCAGUAUUUCAAAAGCGGAAAAGCAUUGCUGGUCCUCGAAAAUUUUCCCUGGUCCAAACUGAAUCUCUUAUGAUGAAAAUGCGUUCAGUGGCCAGUGAUGAACUCCACACCAUGAUGCAGAGGAGAAUGAGCCAGGAGAACCCCAGCCAGGCCACUGAUGCAGAGCUUACACAGAGAUUGCAGAGGCUCACAGUCUUGGCAGUCAACAGGAUUAUUUAUCAAGAGUUUAAUUCAGACAUUAUUGACAUUUUGGGAACUCCAGAAAAUACAACUCAAAGCAAGACCUCAGUGUUCCAGACUGAAAUUUCUGAGGAAAAUAUUCAUCACAAACAGCCUUCUGUUUUUAAUCCAUUUCAGAAAGAAAUGUUCAAAUAUCUGAUAGAAGGAUUCAAAGUGUGUAUUGGUUCAAGUAAAACCAGUGGUUCUAAGCAGCAGUGGACUAAAAUUCUUUGGUCUUGUAAGGAAACAUUUCGAAUGCAACUUGGGAGACUACUUGUACAUAUUUUGUCACCAGCCCACACUGUACAAGAGAGAAAGGAAAUAUUUGAAAUACUGUGUGAACCUAAUCAUCAGGAAAUACUGCGAGACUGUCUUAGCCAAUCCCUGCAACAUGGAGCCAAGUUAGUAUUGUAUCUGUCAGAGUUGAUACAUAAUCAUGAGGAUGAGCUGACUGAAGAAGAACUGGGCACAGCAGACCUGCUUAUGAUCGCUCUAAAACUGUGUGGUCUCAAAUACAUCCCACCCAGUGUAUCCUCAAAACCAGACCUUGUCAGCAUGAUCAAAGAGGAACAAAAGAAAUAUGAAGCUGAAGAAAGUGGGAGUAAAGCCUCUUGGCAGAAAACAGUGAAUAAUAAUCAACAAAGUCUCUUUCAGCGUCUUGACUCAAAAUCAAAGGAUAUAUCUAAAAUAGCUGCAGACAUCACCCAGGCAGUGUCUCUCUCCCAGGGAAUAGAAAGAAAAAAAGUGAUCCAGCACAUCAGAGGAAUGUACAAAGUGGACCUGAGCGCCAGCAGACAUUGGCAGGAACUCAUUCAGCAGCUGACACACGAUCGAGCAGUCUGGCAUGACCCCAUCUACUACCCAACCUCCUGGCAGUUGGAUCCAACAGAAGGCCCAAACCGAGAGAGAAGACGUCUGCAGAGGUGUUACCUAACUAUUCCAAAUAAGUACCUGCUUAGGGAUAGACAAAAAUCAGAAGAUAUGAUAAAACCACCACUCUCUUACCUAUUUGAAGACAAAACUCAUUCUUCCUUCUCCUCUACUGUCAAAGACAAAGCUGCAAGUGAAUCUAUAAGAGUAAAUCGAAGAUGUAUCAGCGUUGCACCAUCUAGAGAGACAGCUGGUGAAUUGUUAUUAGAUCUUAAUAAGGAAACUGAGUAUAAGGGGCAGGGGACAGAAUACAUGGGGACUGUCUUAAUAGCUGUUCAAUUUUCUAGCCUUCAGGGAGAGUUAGAACCAGCAUCAUUUUCCUGGACAUAUGAGGAAAUUAAAGAAGUUCAUAAGCGUUGGUGGCAACUGAGAGAUAAUGCUGUAGAGAUCUUUUUAACAAAUGGAAGAACCCUGCUGUUAGCAUUUGAUAACACCAAGGUUCGUGAUGAUGUGUACCACAGUAUACUCACAAAUAAUCUCCCAAAUCUUCUGGAAUAUGGUAACAUUACUGCUCUGACAAACCUGUGGUAUGCUGGGCAAAUUACUAAUUUUGAAUAUUUGACUCACUUAAACAAACAUGCUGGCCGAUCCUUCAAUGAUCUCAUGCAGUACCCAGUGUUCCCAUUUAUACUUGCUGAGUAUUUGAGUGAGACACUUGACCUCAAUGAUCCAUCAAUCUAUAGAAAUCUCUGUAAGCCUAUAGCUGUGCAGUAUAAAGAAAAAGAAGAUCGUUAUGUGGACACAUACAAGUACUUAGAGGAGGAAUACCGCAAAGGAGCAAGGGAAGACGACCCCAUGCCUCCUGUGCAGCCCUAUCACUAUGGCUCUCACUACUCCAACAGUGGCACCGUACUCCACUUCCUGGUCAGAAUGCCUCCCUUCACCAAAAUGUUUUUAGCCUAUCAAGAUCAAAGUUUUGACAUUCCAGACAGAACUUUUCAUUCUACAAAUACAACUUGGCGCCUCUCAUCUUUUGAAUCCAUGACUGAUGUGAAAGAACUUAUCCCAGAGUUUUUCUAUCUUCCUGAGUUUUUAGUUAAUCGUGAAGGUUUUGAUUUUGGCGUGCGUCAGAAUGGUGAACGGGUUAAUCAUGUCAACCUUCCUCCUUGGGCACGGAACGAUCCUCGUCUUUUUAUCCUCAUCCACCGACAGGCUCUAGAGUCUGACCACGUGUCCCAGAACAUCUGUCACUGGAUUGACUUGGUGUUUGGGUACAAGCAAAAGGGGAAAGCUUCUGUUCAAGCCAUCAAUGUUUUCCAUCCUGCUACAUAUUUUGGGAUGGAUGUCUCUGCGGUAGAAGAUUCAGUUCAGAGACGAGCACUGGAAACCAUGAUAAAAACCUAUGGGCAGACCCCACGCCAGCUGUUCCACACGGCCCAUGCCAGCAGGCCAGGAGGCAAGCUUAACAUUGAAGGCGAGCUUCCUGCCGCCGUGGGGCUGUUGGUGCAGUUUGCCUUCAGGGAGACCCGAGAACAAGUCAAAGAAAUCACCUAUCCGAGCCCUUUGUCGUGGAUAAAAGGCUUGAAGUGGGGGGAGUAUGUGGGCUCCCCAAGUGCUCCUGUACCUGUGGUCUGCUUCAGCCAGCCUCACGGAGAAAGAUUUGGCUCUCUGCAGGCUCUGCCCACCAGAGCAAUCUGCGGUUUGUCCCGAAAUUUCUGUCUUCUGAUGACCUACAGCAAGGAACAAGGUGUGAGAAGCAUGAACAGUACUGCUAUUCAGUGGUCAGCUAUCCUGAGCUGGGGAUAUGCCGAUAACAUCUUGAGGUUGAAGAGUAAGCAAAGUGAGCCACCAGUGAACUUCAUACAAAGCUCUCAACAGCACCAGGUGACUAGUUGUGCUUGGGUGCCUGACAGUUGCCAGCUCUUUACUGGAAGCAAAUGUGGUGUUAUUACGGCCUACACAAACAGGUUCAGUAGCGGCACGCCAUCAGAGAUAGAAAUGGAGACUCAGAUGCAUCUCUAUGGGCACACAGAAGAGAUAACCAACUUAUUUGUCUGCAAACCAUAUAGUAUAAUGAUAAGCGUAAGCAGAGAUGGAACCUGCAUCGUGUGGGAUUUAAACAGGCUAUGCUAUGUACAAAGUCUGGCAGGACACAAAAGCCCUGUCACAGCCGUCUCUGCCAGUGAAACGUCAGGUGACAUUGCUACUGUGUGUGACUCAGCAGGCGGAGGCAGUGACCUUAGACUCUGGACAGUUAAUGGGGACCUCGUUGGACAUGUCCACUGCAGGGAGAUCAUCUGUUCUGUGGCUUUCUCCAACCAGCCUGAGGGAGUAUCUAUCAAUGUAAUUGCUGGAGGCUUAGAAAGUGGAAUUGUAAGGUUAUGGAGCACCUGGGACUUAAAGCCUGUGAGAGAAAUUACAUUUCCCAAAUCAAAUAAGCCUAUUGUAAGCCUUACAUUUUCCUGUGAUGGCCACCAUUUGUACACAGCCAACAGUGAGGGGACAGUGAUCGCCUGGUGUCGGAAGGACCAGCAGCGUGUGAAGCAUCCCAUGUUCUAUUCCUUCCUCAGCAGCUAUGGAGCUGGGUGACCAUGAGGGGCUGUGUUCUACAGAGUAUGGGACCCAUACUUCAUGAUUCAACUUUGCCAGUGCAGGAGCUGAGCCUGAAGAAAUGGAUGACUGAAACAAACAUCCAAAUAAUAGUAUCUGCUCUUCUGCACAAAAUUCCAAAGGCAUCUCAGGUCCUGAGAGGAAAGUUCUGUCCUAAUUUAGUGAUGAUACAGGAGAUUGUGUCAGUGUGCACCAACCAACAAGCUGCAGGUCUUGCCUGGUAAAUUAAAGUCACAGUCUUAAAGUUUUUCCCACAAAGGUAUUCUAAAGAAAAGAUAAUUUGUCAACCUUUCUCUGUUUUUUUCAAAAGAGCCAGUAGAAUUUAAAUUGGCUAGAUAAUUAUUUACAUAAAAUAUUAUAAAUAUUAUAUUUUAAAAGUUUUCUGCCUUGAGAUACCCCUACCCCCACACACACACACAAACCCAAUAAAGGAAAGAAAAAAAGACAAGAAUUUUCAGGGCUCAAUAAUUGCUUUCUUUGAAAAGCAAACUAUUCAGUAGGUGCCUCUGCACCAAACAUUUUAUGGAAUAUCUGAAUACUAUGAAUGAAUCUAAGCACUAGGCAGUUUUUCCCAGUUGCCUUCUUAGCUCAAAGGAGAACCAGAAUUUUUUUGACAGCCACAAACAAGAAAGCAAAGAAAUCUUUGAUUUCAGACACAUUUUGUUUCUUCAUAAAAAUUUUACUUAAAAUCCACAAAACUAGAUAUUGAAUAUCCUUAGUUGAAUCAGCAAGUUCAGCAAGUUAAUAAGUCUUUCAAUAUCUGCCAAUAACAGUUUCAUUUACAGAGCAUUGAAUGCUUAACCGAUUGCAGUAGAAAGCCUCCACUAUGCAAAAAGAAAUUUUCUUACUCAAAACAAUUUAAAAAGGAGACAGCUUACUGAAUUUUAAACAGAAGACGGAAUAAUUCUUCUAGGAAAUCAUUUCACCUGUUCCUAUUAACCUGUUACGCAUGAGAAUUCUAGGAACACUAGAAAAAUAUAAGUGUACUCCAUGGCAAACCUACACAGUGUAAAGACAGAAUUUCUAAAAAUCUUGAAAUAGUCCAUCUCUGCUAUGCUGUGAUAGCUGUAUUUUUUCUUGGGGUGCUGCUUUAGUGGGUUUGAAAACACUGUAAAAUAGGCUCAGAAAUAUGUUACCACAGGAUAAAAGUAUGUAUUCCUAAGCAUAACUUGUGCGUUUGUUAUGGAAAUUUAAUUCAUAUAAUGUUUAUAGAACUACUUUUAUAACUUCCACACUUUCUACAACAUUCUGCUUAGAAGCUAUAAAAUACAACUGCAAAGUCUCUGCUGUCAAGAUAGGGACCCAGGCAAGCAAGUGGCCACGUGUGCCCCUAACCUUCAGCUGCACACACGUGCUAAGGACCUUACUGGCUGCGUUCGGAUCAUGGUUUGCACCGGCCAGGGAUUAAUUCUGAGGUCCAUGGAACUGCAGAGAUGAGAUUAUUCCUAUUCACGUUGAAGUGAUUUGCUUUGUUUAAAACAAAAUUGCAGCUAUUGUCUAGUUUCCAUUUUUUUACUGAGAACUUUAGUCUCCUAUUAGAAUAGGGUUGCUACUCAGUUUUUUUUAAGGGCUGAAUUUUGUCAUUUAUGGAAAGAGAAAAUAUGCAGAAUAACUGGUCUUGUUAACAGUGCAAUAUUCUAUUUUUAUGUAAAAAUAAAAAUUUGAGGGAAUUAUUUAUUCAGCAUGAAACCUAAUAUGUAUAUGUUGAAAACACUUCAUAAUGUGCAUGUCAUAGCAAACAUUCCUAUAAAUUAUCACAAGCUCUGUUACCUUUGUAUACAUUGCCACUUCAAUUUGGAAAUAAAUUUCAUAAAAACAGG